AUGGACAAGAGACUUGAAAAGUUAGAGGAUAUAAUGAGCAGCAUAAACGAAAAACAACAUGAAACUGCCACCUCCCUUAAAGCCUUCGAAGCAGAUGUCACUGCAAUUAAGAACAAAGUAGAUGACUCUAAGGCCUGCCUACAGUCUCUCCAGCUUAAUGACCGCACCAACCCAUCAAGAAAAAAGCCAUCGCCUCAUCCUCAAAACCAGAACCACCCAACCCACAGCCCUAGUAGACAAACGCGAAAACCGAAAAAGGUUCUACUCCUACAUGACUCCCAGAUGAACAACUUUCUACCUGAGUCAUUUUCCUCUGGGUUCAAGGUGGAAAAAAUGAAAGUAGGCUCUUAUACUGACAUGAUAAAAGACCACUGUAUGAGAGAUGUCAUUAAACAGCCAGAGGUCGACUGUUACAUUCUCCAGCUUGGAGUCAACGACUACAGAUACAGAACCUGCUCUGUUAAUAAAGCGAUUGAGGAUGCAAAAUCAGUCAUCGAUAAACUCCUCUCGAGCUCCAGCGCAAAGGUUGUCAUCUCCCUACCCACCCCAACCCCUGGAUUAAUCAAUCUGGAUAUCCUAAAUAAGCUCAUGUCAGAAUCUGAAGUGACCUCUGCCAUCAAAAAUCUCAAAAAAGGUAAAAGUUGCUCAAACGACUUGAUAUCCAACGAGAUGCUUCAGAGCGUAACUCCGCUUUGUCUCAAAGCCAUCCUCAAAAACUUCAACCACUCACUGGUCUCUGGUUACUAUCCAUGGCACACCAGCAUCAUUACUCCUAUUUACAAGUCUGGCAACCCUUUCAGCCCGGACAACUACAGAGCAAUAGCUGUUGGUAGCUGUAUGGGUAAACUAUUUUCUAGCAUCUUACUUGAGCGUCUCCUGCACUUCAAAAAGCUCUACUGCCCUGACCCAAAAGAACAACUAGGGUUCUCGAAGGGUGCUCAAACAAAUGACCACGUUUUUACCCUUAAGACAGUCAUUGACAAAUAUACCAAGGUUAAGAAAGCUCGCCUCUAUGCAUGCUUUGUUGAUCUAAGAAAGGCCUUUGACACUGUAUGUAGGGACCUCCUUCUGCACAAAAUCACAUGCCUUGGAAUAACUGGAAACUUCUUCAAUUGCCUAAGUGAUAUGUAUAGAAACUCAAUAGCUCAUAUAAAAAUCUCCAAACUCUUGUCCCCUAAUAUUGACAUUGGAAAAGGAACAGAGCAGGGACACCCCCUAUCACCGGACCUUUUUAAAAUCUAUAUCAACGACUUGUCAUCUCUCCUGAAAUCUGUUGGUGAUUAUCCUAUUCUAGCUGACGUCCUAAUAUCACAUCUGCUCUGGGCUGACGAUCUUGUCCUACUUGCCCUAAGUCCCAAGGCCUUGCAAGACAAUAUAAACAUCCUAUUCGACUUCUGUAACUCUAUGGGCCUUGAAGUAAACAUUAAAAAAACCAAGAUUCUCAUAUUCUGCCCUCCUAAAAGAAAACAAUCCUAUGAAACAUUCAUUUUGGGAGGCCAGCCCAUCCAACACACCGAAAAAUACUGCUAUCUUGGCAUUAUAUUCCACAGAAAUGGAUCUUUUACAGCAGCAAAUACUGAACUGAGGGCCAAGGCUCUCCGUGCUCUCUAUGGCCUCAAAGGCAAUAUCGUCAAAGAUGCCCUCUCUCACCGUUCCCUAAACAUUCUAUUUGACUCUCUAAUAAAACCGAUACUGCUAUAUGGCUGCCAAAUCUUAUGUCCUCACUCAAAAACCAUGAGAUACCUCUCCAAAACAGAUAGCAAAGCCAACCCCCAGCAUACUCUCAGGCUUAAUGUAUACAAUUUUCUACUGGAAAACUUCUCCCUUCUUACCAUCUUUCCGGACACUUAUUGUCACAUGAACAUCAGCAUAGCUGAGGUCGCGAGUAAUGAAAAGGAAGGGACAGCUAACGAGGGCUCUGACAACAUGGGACCAGCCGAAGUCCCUGGUGAUGAUAACUCGAAGGAGACAGCUGGCGAGGACGAUGAUAACCUCAAGGAGACAGCUGGUGAGGACGAUGAUAACCUCAAAGAGACAGCUGGUGAGGACGAUGAUAACUUCAAGGAGACAGCUGCUGCUGAGGACGAUGAUAAACUCAAGGAGACAGCUGGUGAUGACGAUGAUAACCUCAAGGAGACAGCUGGUGAGGACGAUGAUAACUUCAAGGAGACAGCUGGUUAG